GGUGUGUGGAGGGGCUGUAUAUCCUUUUGUUCUACCCACUGCUCAGCAAGUUGCUUUGGGCCCCAGUUUGAUAAGAAAUGACUUCCUGUGGUGGAAACUGAAGGGAAGAGGAAGAAGCUAGCCCAUUCCUGCCUAGGAGGUUGUGGGAGAAGGAAGAUGGCCAGAGCUUUGUGUCCACUGCAUGGCCUCUGGUUCCUGGGGUGGGCACAGCUGCUCUUAGGACCCGGUGGUACCCCUCCAACGUGGGCCUUGAACCUGGACCCAGUGCGGCUCACUGUCUACACAGGCCCCAAUGGCAGCCACUUUGGGUUUUCAUUGGACUUCUACAAGGACAGCAGUGGAAGCGUGGGUAUCGUGGUGGGAGCCCCUCGGGCCCUGGACCGUAGCUCGGAGGAAACCGGCGGUGUGUUCCUGUGCCGUUGGAGAGCCGAGGGCGGCCAGUGCACCUCGCUGCCCUUCAACCUCAAGGAUGACACCCAAAACAUGGGCUCCCAAACCUUUCAAACCUUCAAGGCCGGGCAAGGACUGGGGGCUUCUGUCGUCAGCUGGAGGGACUACAUUGUGGCUUGUGCUCCCUGGCAGCAUUGGAAUGUGCUAGAAAAUACCGAGGAGGCCGAGAAGACGCCCGUAGGUGGCUGCUGGGUGGCUCAUCUCCAGAGCGGCGGCCGCGCAGAGUACUCGCCCUGCCGGGCUAACACCAUGAGCCGGGUUUACGUCCAAAAUGAUUUUAGCCAUGACAAACGCUACUGCGAAGUGGGCUUCAGCUCGGUGGUCACCCAGGCUGGGGAGCUGGUGCUUGGGGCCCCCGGUGGCUAUUUUUUCUUAGGGCUCCUGGCCCGGGCUUCAGUCGCUGAUAUCGUCUCGGGUUACAGUCGUCGUCGGGACAGUCUCUUGUGGCACGUGCCCACAAGCUUCACCUCCGACUACAGCAACUCAGAGUUCUUCGACGGCUACCGGGGGUACUCGGUGGCCGUGGGCGAGUUCGACCGGAAUCCCAACACUACAGAGUAUGUCUUCGGUGCCCCCACCUGGAGUUGGACCCUGGGAGCGGUGGAGAUUUUGAACUCGGACCUCAAGAUGCUGCACCGGCUGCUUGGGGAGCAGAUGGCUUCGUAUUUCGGGCACUCGGUGGCUGUCACUGACGUCAACGGGGAUGGGAGGCAUGACCUGCUAGUGGGCGCACCGCUGUACAUGGACAGCUGGGCUGACCACAAGCUGGCCGAGGUGGGGCGCGUGUACUUGUACCUGCAGCCCCGUGGCCCCCACAUGCUGGGCACCCCCAGCCUCCUGCUGACCGGCACCCAGCUCUACGGACGAUUUGGCUCGGCCAUUGCCCCCCUGGGUGACCUCGACCACGAUGGCUACAAUGAUCUUGCAGUGGCCGCCCCCUAUGGGGGUCCCAGCGGCCGAGGCCAGGUGCUGGUGUUCCGGGGCCAGAGUGAGGGGCUGAUCUCACGCCCAUCCCAGGUCCUGGACAGCCCCUUCCCCAAAGGCUCUGGCUUUGGCUUCUCCCUGCGAGGUGCCACAGACAUUGAUGACAACGGAUACCCAGACCUGCUGGUGGGAGCUUAUGGGGCUAGCAAGGUGGCUGUGUACAGAGCUCAGCCUGUGGUGAUGGCCAGUGUCAAGCUGCUGGUGCAAGAUUCACUGAAUCCUGCUGUGAAGGAUUGUAUCCUGCCCCAGACCAGCACAGCAGUGAGCUGCUUCGACAUCCAGAUAUGUGUGGGAGCCACCGGGCACAACAUUUCUGAAAAGCUGCACCUGAAUGCUGAGCUGCAGCUGGACAGGCAGAAGCCACGCCAGGGCCGGCGGGUGCUGCUGCUGGCCUCUCAGCAGGCGAGCACCACCCUGAGCCUGGACCUGGGCAGGAAGCACAGCCCUAUCUGCCACACCACCAAGGCCUUCCUUCGGGAUGAGGCUGACUUCCGGGACAAGCUGAGCCCCAUUGUGCUCAGCCUCAACGUGUCCCUGCAGCCUGAGGAGACUGGACUGGCACCUGCUCUUGUGCUGCAUGGAGAAACUCAUGUCCAGGAGCAGACUCGCAUCAUCCUGGACUGUGGGGAGGAUGACCUGUGUGUGCCCCAGCUUCAGCUGACUGCCAACAUGAGUGGCUUCCUGCUUCUGAUUGGGGCUGACAAUGUACUGGAGCUGCGGAUGGAUGCUACCAACAAAGGCGAGGGGGCCUAUGAGGCUGAGCUAGCCGUGCACCUGCCCCCAGGUGCCCACUACAUGCAGGCCCUCAGCGACCUUGAGGGGUUUGAAAGGCUCAUCUGUAACCAGAAGAAAGAGAACGAGACCAAGGUGGUGCUGUGUGAGCUGGGCAACCCCAUGGAGAAUGAUGCCCGGAUACAAAUCACAAUGUUGGUGAGUGUGGGGAAUCUGGAAGAGGCUGGGGAGUACGUGUCCUUCCGGCUGCAAAUCAGGAGCAAGAACAGCCAGAAUCCAAACAGUGAGAUGGUGCUGCUGAAUGUGCCAGUCCGGGCAGAUGCACACGUGGAACUUCGAGGGAACUCCGUUCCGGCUUCGCUGGUGGUGGCAUCUGAUGAAGGCAACAGGGAGGAGAAAAGCUGGGGCCCCAAAGUGGAGCACACCUAUGAGCUCCACAACAAGGGCCCUGGUGCUGUCAGUGGCCUGCGCCUCAACCUGCGGCUUCCUGGCCAGUCCCAGUCUUCCGAUCUGCUCUACAUCCUGGAUGUGCGGCCCCAGGGGGGGCUCAACUGCUCCUCACAGCCCUCCUCCAACCCCCGCCAGCUGGACUGGAGGCUGCCCGCCCCCAGCCGGUCCCCUGUUUACCCCAAGCAUCACAAGCGGGAGCGCAGACAGGCUCUGCAGCCAGGCUCACAGCAGCCCUCCAAGCUCCAAGAACCCAUUCUAGUGAACUGCGACUUGGUGCCCUGUACUGUAGUGCAGUGUGAGCUGCAGGAGAUGGCGCGAGGGCAGCGAGCCAUGGUCACCGUGCUGGCUUUAGCCUGGCUGCCCAGCCUCCGCCAGAGGCCACUGGAUCAGUUUAUCCUGCAGUCUCACGCUUCGUUCAACGUAUCUGCCCUUCCCUACGCGGUGCCCGCCCUCAGCCUGCCCAGAGGGGAAGCACUAGUGCAGACGCAGCUGCUUCGGGUCUUGGAGGAGAGGGACAUUCCUAUCUGGUGGAUUCUGGUAGGCGUGCUGGGUGGUCUGCUGCUGCUCACGCUGCUGGUCCUAGCCAUGUGGAAGGUCGGCUUCUUCAAGCGGAAUCGCCCGCCCCUGGAAGAGGAAGAUGAAGAGGAGUGAUGGUGCCCUCACUCCAUUCCAGCAGGAAGGUGGUGCGGUGCCCACGCUGCCCUUUACUCUCCACUGAGUGCCCCGCAGCUCUGAGCACCCACAAGUUGGAGCUGUUCCAUGGGGGCCUCCUGGUGUCCUCCCCUUCCCUACAGAGCUGGGCCACCUUUUUCCUGCUGCCUAAUAAAGAGGCUAAGCC